AAGAGUUGAAAAAAUAGAACUUAGAAAUAAUUUAUUACGCAACUAUUUUCAAAAAAUGAUGGCAUUGACUAAAAGAACCGAAUUUCCGAUUGAAAUUCGGAAAAAAAUAUCAAAUAAUAUAAUUAGACUGCGGACAGAUAUAACUUGUGCUAUUAAAUUUAGAAAAGCUGAAGAUAGGCCUUUACAUGAAAAAAUUUCCGGUCUUAGAUUUGAUAUUGUUAAUGCUCCUAAUCAUCGAAUAUUUGAUGAUCACAAAAACUGUUCACCAUAUCUUUGUGAUAAAAAAUCAUCAAUACAACCAGUAAAUAAUUUUACGAUAAAAGAUCGGGAAAUUUCAAGAGAAAUUGAAACAGUUGUGUCUCGUUUUUCAAAAAAUGCAAAGAGUUUACUAUUAGAUGUAGAUAACAAUAGCUGUGAACAGUUUAACAGUUUAGGUACUCCCGGAAAUUAUUGA